AUGAACCCUCUGCAAGAUGCCGAUCCCUUGCAGUCGCCGCAAUACUCAAACUCCGAGUCAUCGCUCGUACUGCCCAAGAUACGCGCUUCGCCCGUGGCUUCCCUAGCUGGUCUACCCUACAGACGAUCGAACCCUUCGCUAUCCUCCUUGUUCGCAUCGACCGCAUCGAUACUACCGAAAUCACGCUCAGGCUCCGUCACACCCACCGCCCCGCUCGUCGCGGGCUCCGUCUUCUCACCUGGAGCCACCCAUGGAGCUGCGUCGCCGGCCAGUACUCCGCAGGGUAGUCAGCCGGCGGACGAAGCGAGGACGCUGAUACUACGGUCAUUUGUACCUCAUGUCGGAGUAUUCGCAUCGGCAGACGCUGAUGAGCUGGUGCAGCAGAAAGGGCUGCCUGGGGGCUUCGUCGAGCUUGUGAGGCCCUUCGGAGAGCGGGUGCACGGCAAAGUUACCAUCCGCGACAGCAUUGGCGCGAGCAGGAGCUGGGACGACUUUGGCAUACGGUUCACCGGUCUAAGGGACGGGAUUGGGGUGCCACCGGGAGGUGCCAGGAGGAGCACGGACAGCAGGCCAGGCACUGCGAACGGAUACCGCAACUCAACAGAGGCCGCCGAUGCAGCAUGGCUCCGGGUGGGAGGCGACGUUCGGAGUAUAGAAGAAGUCGUUGACCGGCACCUAGCAUAUGCCGAGGAGCAGAGCGGACCAACGGACUAUCUGAACCACAAGCAGAAUACCUUCGAAACUCCCAUCGCCUCCUCGCCCUUUUACGCUCUAUACUUGCGCAGACUGCUCUCUGGCCUGCCUAUGGCUCCCCACGAGACUUUUUCACACCCUGUAGCAUGCGUCUUAGCGAUCAGCUCGCGGAGCCCAUCUCCUAUAGAAGAACUGCGGCGUCUCUAUACCGCCACGAGCACGGGCGACCAGCGACUACCACAUUGGGUCAACAACGAGUUUCUACGAUAUUACGUGCUGGUCCACGACGAAGAUCAUGACGACAUUUCCAAAUCAACCUCACUUUUUGAGCAGAUGAAACGGCAUUUCGGCCUACACUGCCACCUACUGAGACUUCGCACCAAUCAGUGUGUCUCAUCCGACGAAGACUGCAUACGGAUCCCGACAUGUGAAUGGAUAUCUGCCUCGGAAGAGCUGGCAGAGAUUCACAGACGAGAAGACAUCUCAGACCCCAACAUCUACCUCCACGAAUCCGACGCCGCUGCCCUCCGCACCUUCGUCCGCGAGCUCACGACCCAAUCCAUCGUCCCCGUCAUGGAACGCCUCAUCGCGACCUGGAACGAGCAAGUUGCGUCUCGGCGUCGCGGCAUUAGCGGGCGCUUCAUGUCUCUCUCCAAGAAAUGGUCCCCCUUCAGUUCCUCCCGCACCUCCUCGAACCCUGCCUCCAGCAACCCCAGCAACACCAACUACGACUCCCUGCAGGGCUUCUACCGCCCCGACAGCCCCGAAGCCACGAUGCGCAAGCUCGCCGACUACGCCUUCAUGCUGCGCGACUUCAAGCUCGCGAGCUCCGUCUACGACCUCCUCCGCACCGACUUCAACACCGACAAAGCGUGGAAACACUACGCGGCCGCGAACGAAAUGUGCGCCGUCGCCACGCUCAUGACGCCGGCCAACCUCUCUAGCAAGACGAGGACGGAGAAUGUGGACCAGAUGCUUGAGUCGGCGUCGUAUUCCUUCCUUUCGAGAUGCGGGGCACCCUUCUACGCUCUCCGCACCCUCGCCAUGGGGCUUGAGCUGCUGAAGCUCCGCGGCUCGAGCGCCGCCGACGACGCGGCGAGAUGGGCGACCAAGGCGCUGGAGAUGAGAGUCGUGGGGCCAGUCGGCGAAGCCCUCUUCACCGAGCGCGUCAGCGCGUGCUACGCGUCCCGAAAGGGCACGGGGAGUAUGUCAUGGGGCUCCCGCCGGCGCAAAGCAGCCUUCUGGGCCGUGCUCGCCGCAGAUAGUUGGGUGAAGCUCGAGAAGGGCGUUCAGGCGGAGAAGUGUCUGAGUGAGGCUGGGCGACUGUAUGGAGUUGAUGCAGAUGGUGUCACGGAUCUGCCGUUCGAGGGGAUGCGGAUAUUCAUGCGGGCGCUGAGUGAGACUGUUGGGGCGCUGAGGCGCGCGAAGAGGGGGUUUGAUGAGAGAGCCGAAGAACGGGAGGCGGAUGAGGAGACGUUGGCGGAGGAUGAGGUGGUCGAGGAGAUUAGCGAGACGCUGGAUAAGAGACCGCAUCGGAAGAGCUUGGUUGGAAUUGGGGCGGGACCGCUAGGUCCGCUGGAUACGCCGUUGAGUCCGCUGAGGAGUACGGAGGAUGAGCCAAGGUUCAAAGACGACCAGUUCGAGUAG